AUUCCUCCAGAAAUUUUCAUUAAUAUUUGUCAGGAUCUUCCUCCUUCUGACCUUCUCUCCCUGGCUCAAGUUUGUAAAAAAUUUUAUGGUUACUUAUGUUCUAUUAAUUCAAAACCAACUCAAGAAAUCUGGCGCAAUUCUCGAUCUCAAUUUUUGCCCUAUGUUAAAAUGCCUCCGCCCGAUAAUAUGGAUGAACGUCGUUAUGUAAAGCUCCUUGCUGAACGCGGAUGCCAAUUUUGUAAGAGGCGCAGAAUACGAAGAAUUUAUUGGGCUUUUCGUGUUCGUUGUUGCAAACCUUGUUUGAAUCAAAUUCGGCGUGAUUUAUUAUCAAGAUAUUCUAUACCUGAUGAUAUUUUGCGUGGAUUAACUUAUACAACAGGAUUUUACAAAUGGGGUUGGGAUCAAAGUCCAAAAAAUCGUCCGGCAAAUUUAUAUUGGCGCGAUGAUGUUUAUCAGGUCUAUAAUGAAUAUUUAAAACUUGAUCCUGAUGAAAGAAAAGAUUGGCUUCUUAAUAAACGAAAGGAAGGUCGUCAAAAAAUGGAAGAUGUUGCCCAACGUGAAAUCGAACAUGAAAAUGAAUAUUGGGUUAAAUCUUCUGAAAAUGAAAAAAAACGUGAAGAACGUGCUUCUACCAUAGAAUCCAUGAUAAAAAAUGAAAGAAAUGAAUAUGGUUUAUUAAGAUUUAAAAUGCCUAUUGUAGAACAAUGUAUGGUUUAUAAUAAGGCCAUAAUGUCAUCAUCCACACAUACUUUUACUAAACGUGCAUGGAUUGGAUUAAAAAAUAAAUUAAUUCCUGAAUAUACAAAACUUGCCGCUACUCAUAGAGCUCAACGACAGGCCGCCGAGAAACUUUUCUCUUAUGAUGUUGCAGUUCAAACUCGUCAAAUGGAUAUACUUAAAUUAAUAUUUGAUUUACCUCACUCUGAUUCUGAUCAACCUGUAGCUGCAGCUAUUACUACUACUGAUCAAAAUCAAAAUGAUAUUAAUUCUGAUAAUAUAACACAUUCUCAAUUCGAAACUCAUUUAAUCAAAUAUCUUCCUUGGUGCCCGUCAUUUCAAAACUUACCAUUUACUGAUAAUGAUCCUCGGAAUCUUUGGGAUGAGGUUUAUUUGAUCACAAGUUUAAUUCCUCAACUUCGCGCUGAAACAAUUCAACUUAAAAAUAAUCCAGCACCACCAUUCACUCCAUGUGGUGCUUUUCUUCAUAGACGUUCUGGUAACAAACGCGUGUAUAAAUGCAAAUUAUGCAAUAAUCAUCCCGAAAGAGCUGCUCGGCUUUAUUCAUUUUAUGAAAUUCGAUUACAUUUGAUACGAAGUUCUCACAAAAUCAAUGUAAUUAAAGAUGAUAUGAUUGAAGUUGUUUCCGAAGCCUUUGAUAAUGCUGAAAUUGCUCAAGAAAUUCCAAGAAAUAAACCUGAAAUCUUUUUUGCGGCAGGUUUUAACGUUAAUUUGAUUGUUAAUUUAUAA